GAGACAGUCCGAGCGUUGAUUUAAUUUUACAGUAUAGUUACUGCUCAGACGCUUAAGCGAAAGAGAGGAUAAAACGGAAUGGCCUUUCCUGACAUCACGGAGGAUGACCUAAAUGAACUGAUGCGUGAGGAGGCAGAGGAUGUCUUUGAUGAUGACGGAGUGUCCUCCCGCUUCCCAGACAUCAUGGCUGCUGGCACUCACUCUCCUGGAGGGCCCAAUGGCAUCAUCAGGAGCCAGUCAUUCGCCGGCUUCAGCACCCUGCAGGAGAGACGCUCACGGUGUAACUCCUUCAUGGGGAACUCAGCAGUGCAGAAGAAGCCCAUCUCAAAGCCCAGGAAGCCCCAUCUGUCCGGGCACAAGUCCAGCAGCAGCAGCAGCUCACGAGAGCCGCAGCCCAAAAGAGUGGAAGAAGUUUACGGAGCCCUUAAACAAGGCCUGGAUGAAUAUCUAGAGGUGCACCAAACAGAGCUGGAUAAACUCACUUCCCUCAUGAAAGACAUGAAGAGGAACUCCAGACUGGGUGUGCUGUAUGAUCUGGACAAGCAAAUCAAGACUAUAGAGCGAUACAUGCGAAGACUGGAGUUCCACAUCAGCAAGGUCGACGAGCUGUACGAGGGCUUUUGUAUUCAGAGAAGGUUGCGUGAUGGUGCCAGUAAGAUGAAACAGGCCUUCACUGCUUCACCCUCCACUAAAGGCACACGUGAGAGCCUGGCGGAGGUCAACCGCAGAUACAAAGAGUAUACAGAGAACAUGAGCACUUUUGAGGCCGAGCUGGAGAACCUGUUGGGGGAGUUUCAUAUCAAAAUGAAAGGAUUGGCUGGUUUUGCCAGGCUUUGUCCCGGCGAUCAGUAUGAGAUUUUCAUGCGAUACGGCCGACAGCGGUGGAAACUGAAGGGGAAGAUCGAAACGAACUCCAAGCAGAGUUGGGAUGGAGAGGAGAUGAUCUUCAUGCCCCUCAUUACAGACCUCAUCAACAUCAAGGUGACAGAGUUAAAGGGGUUGGCCACUCACAUCUUGGUGGGUAGUGUGAUCUGUGAAACCAAGGACUUGUUCACCGCUAUGCCUCAGGUGGUAGCAGUAGAUGUCAACGACCUGGGAACCAUUAAACUUAACCUGGAGGUCGCCUGGUUUCCAUUUGAUGUAGAGGAUCUGACACUGUCCUCAGGAAACGUGAGUAAAGCCAUCGCCCUUCAGAGACGAGUUUCAGUGUACAGCCAAGGCACACCCGAGACGCCCACUUUCCAGGACACGUCUUUCUUUAAGUGGCAUCCUCGGCGGUUGGAGGGUCAGCGUCUCUCAUUCUUGCACACGCUCCGAGAGACGCUCUUAGAGAAACUCAGACGCAGUCGCUCUUUUGGCGAUCUGGCUGCGCUGAGACCUCGCUCAAGGUCCAGUCUGGAGGUCUACUCCACUUUACCAGAUGAUGUCUUUGAGAAUGGAGGCUGCGGUGUGGCCGAAUGCAAGCGCCUGUCCUUCACCUUCUCUGACACGCCCACCUCAAGCCCCGCCCCCAUCCAGUCAAACCCUGAGAUCACCGUCACGCCCCCUGAGAUGGACCCUCCCUCUGAACCGGCUCCAGCCUCUGAGGACCAGCCGGUUGAGGAGGAGUGUGUGGAGGAAGACUGCGGCAGUGUCAGCGAUCCAGACCUGGAGUGGGACCAGGCUGAGGCCCAGGGGCAUGGCACAGGCUCGGCGGCCCACUCGCUGUGCUCCGAGAGUCAGCUGUAUGCGGUGGGACCCGAGGAUGUGGUGUUCUUGGAGCCCAACAUGCCUGAUGAAGCCCUGGAGCUGAAGCCGGUGGAGCUGGAUGGGGAGGAAGGUAGUCUGACCAGGCAACUGGUGAGGAGGCUCACCUCCUCUGACAUGCUGCCCGAGGCCAGCACUGUGAGCUGGUCUGGAGAGAGCAGCAGGACCUUCCAGGAGAGCAGCCUGGAGGAGGCCAUUCAGUCCCUGCUCCUGCGGCUGGAGAGCUUAGGCCAGCGCUGCGGGGAGCUGCAGGACUUGGAGCAGGAGGUCAUGAGACUCGAAGACAUGCUUAAGUGUCGGGUACCUGCUCAUAGGAGCCGUUCAUCCAGCCUCAGUUUGACAGUGGAGAGCGCUCUGGAAAGUUUCGACUUCCUCAACACCUCUGACUUUGAUGACGAUGACACAGGAGAUGAUGCUGCCACCCUCUCACGCGCUGUCUUCUUUGACAUGGAGUCAGAGAGAAUUGGGUCAGGCCAACAUCCAGAAGUAAGAGGCCACCUGAGUGAAGCCCUCACAGAGGACACUGGUGUGGGGAACAGUGUGGCCGGCAGCCCGUUGCCUCUCACCACAGGAAACGAGAGCCUAGACGUGGCCAUUGUUGUUCAUCUACAAUACUGCAGUCAUCUCAUUAAGUUGUUGACCUCAGGAGGAAGCCGGUCGCAGCACAAGACAUACCUGCACAAACUAACAACUCAAACACUUCUGUUGGAGGAUCUCAGUGAGAAAAUCUUUGACAGACCGGGCAGCUGUAUUUUAGUGUCUGAUGUGAUCAGGAUGGUGGUGAAUGAGAUGAUGGACAGGAGCGAGCUGGCCUCUUCCUUGUGUCCAUCGCUGUCCCCUCUGGCACAGGAUAUCCUCACUGUGUUUCAGUUUCACAAGUGUCUGUGUGUUUGUCUUCAACAGGCUGUUGAUUGUUACACACAAGCCUUAUCAGAAGUAGACAGAUCAAGAGAUGCAUGUGCCGCUUUGAGCUGCCUGCAGGCUGUGGAGAGCAUUGAUGCUGUGGUGUUACUGUGUGACUCAGCAGAUGAAGAUCUCUGCCAGAUUGCCAUAGAAACCCUCCUCACUUUCGGUGAAGACGGGCGGCUGGCAUACGAGCAGUUGGACACAGUGCCGAGGGAAAUGGUGCGGCUGGGGACUCGCCGCGGUAACGCUGUUACCACUUCAUUUUAGAAAAACGACUCGUUAUCCCUCCUGUGACCCUGCACACUUCAGACGUGAAAUACACACCACCUGCUAACAAGGGGAAAGUGAAGCUUGGCCUUCGAUUUAGGCCCAUAUCUUGAGACCUUCAUCACAGACUCUCCUUUUCUGCAGGAUGUUUGCUUCUCGUGUCACAGUGGUCCUGAGUCAUUGUUGCUGAUUGAACAAUAAGAGUGUUAUUAUUGGAAGUUAGUUAUUUGCAGAUUGCAGUUGCACUGUUGGAGGUGUGUAAAUAGAAAGCAAAUCCUAUUUUAAUUUUGUCCUGGGAUUUUUUGUUUUCCUCUUGUUCCGUUUCAGGGAUUAUAAGGGACUGUUUUAAUGCUCCCCGCUUGAGUUUUUUUUGACCUGGACAGACUGGGAAAGGAAAGAUUUUGUGUGCUGUUUAGACCCAGCCGGUUGUAUGGACUACUGAAAAAACCGGUGUGAACGGUGGACUGCUGAUUUACACAUCGCUUGCUUGCCUUCACUGGUCAGAAGAAAAUAUUUCUAUGGACGGGGCCUGUAGUGAACACUUGCAUUAACACGGUACUAAUGCCUGAGCGCAUGGGAUCUUACAACAAGCGCUGUUUGGAGCCCGUCAAGAGUAUAUGAAAAUGCACUUUUACACUAUAUUCAGUCAGAGAAGCAUGAUGCAUUACUGUGAGUUUUUGGUUUGUAUGUAAAUGAAGACUGGAAGUAUAUUUUGCUCUGUGAUCCGAACUCGCUUCUGUGCCUAUUGUUACUGUACUACUGCGUCAUGUGACUGUAAUAUCAUUUGUUUUAUUUAUUUUUGAACAGAUUGUUUUAACGAUGUACUAAACAUCAGUUCACAAUAUGAUUAGGUACAGUCAGGAUUUGGUAUUAUUGAGGGGCUAUUCACUAUGAUUUUUUUAUAUAUAUAUAUAUAUAUAUAUAUAGUUGGCAUUUUACAUAUAGAAAGAUGUUUUAUUGAUCAGUAUCAUCUUUUAACAGUGUAUUCAUGGAGUUAUACAGUAUUUGUGCUCAAGGGAACCUUUCCUAAACGUCUUUUUGGUAUGCUAAUACACCUGACCUGAGAAAACGCUCUUUGGUAACCGAUCGCUUGCCUCGCUUUGACACGUUUACACACCCUGUGUUGAUCUUUAAAGCUCUCAAAUGUGAAUUUACGCUUAUGGCGGCAAUUAAAACGCAGUUUUGUAGAUCACCCGACCUAUUUUUGCAAUAUUUUCUAUGACAUUGAGAAUUGUACGGAAGCAGGGGCUUAAAUCUAUCAAAGGAGCACAUUUCGAGGAAUGUACUGAGUACAGAAAGGUUACUGAAGUAUAUGCC